AUGUUUUCUUUCCUUUGGAUUCUUCUUGCAAAGAAGGAUACUUGGGAAGCUGCCAAGAGUACUAGGGUGGAAAUGAAUGGUACAGGAAAUUCUACAGGAGAUUCUGCAGGCAAUGCAUCUGGAAACAUGCAAAUAGGCAAUAGUGACCAAACUAAUUCAGGACUGCCCCAUGGGUCUAGUGCAAAUAUGCAGACGAAUGUGGAUGCGAACACUAACGGGCACACAAUUAACAAUCCCAAUAGCGGUAACCCAAACCGUGGCAUUAACAAUAAUAUGGCACAGACACCUAGUAUCCAUCCUCCCACAGGGAAGCCGGGUUUGUCUGCACAGCAUGUGCUACAACAUUUGAUGAAAAUGAGUCCUGAACAACGUAAUGCUGUUAUUGCUAAGAAUCCACAAUUACGCCAGUUUUUACUCCAAGUAGAGCAGCAAAGAAGAAUACAUUUACAAAGGAUGCAACAGCAGCAGCAGCAGCAGCAACAACAACAACAACAACAACCUUUGUCUCAGAAGAAUCAUGGUCAAAUGACUGGCUACAAAGAUAAUGGGACACAAUUUAAUUCUCCUAAUAUGCAAGAACAAUUUACUCAGUCACCCUUACAUCAACCAAAUCAAAAUCAAGCAGCUCUGCAACAAAGCCUUGUAAACACAGCAAUGCAGCAAAACACUAAACCAGAGUCUAAAGCUUCUACGCAUCAGACCCAACAACAGAUGUUGCAAUACCAGGAUACUUUCAAUAGUAAGACAACAGGUACAGUGAAUUCAAGUCAACAGCAAGCAAGUCCUCUGAAUAUGAUGAACGCAGGACUGGAGACAUCUCUGAAGGAUAAAUUGCCCAACAAACCAUUACAGAAGAAAGGUCCGAAAAAGAAAGCAUUAUCAGGGGCCCAUGCCCCAAAUGAUAUAAAACAAAGGCAGACAUCUUUUGAAAGCAUACCUGCAAAACAACCUGCCGAAAAUUUCCAGUCACCCGCUGAAUUGAACACUUUUCUAUCAUCCAAAAAUGCAGUAGAACAAGGAGGCCGAGAAGAAGAAGAAAAAGAAGAAGAUGACGAUGAAAUAGUAAAUAGUGAAAACUACACUACCGUGUUAAGCAAUCUUCAUGAAUGGUCUGAAAAGCUAAAACAAGAGGGAAAGGAGCCUAGCGCAGAGUUAAAAAAGUAUGAAGAUAUCAUCAGUAAAGAUAAAUCAUAUCUAGAAUAUUCAUCAGCAAUUGCCAAAGUGAUGAAGGAAAACCCGCAUGGGAUUAACGACAAAAUCGGUACUAAUGGUAAGCUUUUUCAGAGGAUUUUCCGAGAUUUGAAGUUUUAUCAACAAGUAAAGGCAGCUAGAAUGCAAUCAAUGAAACUCGCACCUGAACAAAAUGGAUUAACUAAUUACAUGUGGGGUGAUGGUUAUAGUGGAUAUGGAAAUGGUUUUACAGAUGAUAGAAUCAACUUUAUUUUUCCUCAAAAUUCGAAAGUUCCUUACCUGAAUGAACCAUUGGGGGAGGCCAAUGACCGAAUAAUUACCGAACAGCCAAACUAUGUUCCUAUCAGGUUAGAGUUUGAUGUCGACAGAGAUGGAUUUAAACUGAAUGACACAUUUGUUUGGAAUGCAAACGAGGAUGACGAUACAUUAAACACUUUUGUUAAUGAAUUGAUUAGAGACUACAGGAUAGAUAGAACUGUAGGUAACAUUCAUCAAAAAAUUGUGGAAAGCGUCAAAGAUCAAAUCAGUGAUGUCCAUCCGUUGGUAGUAAAUCCAGCCCUUGAUCUAAGAUUUCCCAUCAAUCUCGAUAUUACCAUAGCCAACAACCAGCUGGUUGAUCGGUUUGAUUGGGACUUGAUGAACGAGGAAAACGACCCUGAAGAUUUUGCAGAAACAUUAUGUGCCGAGUUUUCACUUCCCGGUGAGUUUAAAACAGCAAUUGCCCAUUCCAUUAGAGAACAGUCACAAAUAUAUAUCAAAAGUUUGUUUAUGAUUGGGUACAAAUUCGAUGGAUCCAACAUCGUUAGCGAAGACUUAAAGGAAUAUUUAAGGUCGGGAAUUGAAGCUAAUAGUGUGAUCAUGCCUAGAUAUCUACUAUCUGAUUUUACUCCUUAUAUUACCGAGCUUUCUAUUGAUAACUUUGAAAGAAUUAUCAAGGAGAGGGAGAGAGAAUCGAGGCGUAAAAAGAGGGGUGCUACUAGAACGGGCCGUAGAGGUGGAUUUGUUUUGCCAGAUUUGACUUCUAUGCCAAAGACGUUUAGGACGCCUUUACCGACAGGGAUAUUUCCUGGCGGUGUUACAAUCAACGAUGAUGGUGAAAGACCAGUAAGUGAAUUUAUCAACAUGCCGAUUGAAAUUGGCAUCCCCAAAGAACAAAUUGCUAAAAUACGGGAAAAUGACGAACAUAACAAGCGUAUUAUGAAGGUCAUUCGCCGACAACAGCAAAAAACUAGAGAGUGGAUUGUACACGUACGCUCUCGACGUAUGCGUGGUGAAACUCUUACAUCUACCGUUCGUAUAGUGGAUCUCCCAGAAUCAGGCAAGCCCGACAUCUCGUCUAAUGCGGACGUUGGCACCGUGUCUCCAGAGUCCAACCCUGAUGGACAUUCCAUCUCAUCAGGUGCGGUCAAGACCGAGGUAUCGGAAAGUUUAGCAAUGUCCAGCCCGAAUCCCAAGAUUCUUGGGGUUGUCAGUCGUGAUUCUACUGAAAACUCUGCCGAAAUCAGAAACUCCGUCGUUCCAGAGAAAUCACUCUUGGUAUGUUUCCGUUUCGGAUGGCGCUAA